AUCUAUAAGAAGUGCACAUAAUACUUUUUCCGUAAUGAGUGGUAGAAGUAGGCAACACCAAUCAUCCCUUCCAACCCAAUCAAGACAAUCCAGACAAUCCAGACAAUCCACUCAACAAACUUCUUCCAGGCAACCAUCACCUUCCAGACAAUCUGUUCAGCAAACUUAUUCUAGACAACCAUCGCUUUCUCAACCUACCUCACAUCCUCGUUCAAGUCGCCGUCGCCGUGAAGCUGAGGACCGAGAACGUCUCUUCGCUCAGAACCGUCAAAUAUACCUCCUGAUCAGACAGUUAAGCGACGAUUUUCAAGAUCUUAGGAAUGAAAUGCGGCAAAGAAACAUUCAAGGCACUCAAGGCAUUCAAGGCGAGGAUCUUUCGGCCAAAGUGUGGGAUAUAAGUAUUGAAAUAUAUAUUAGCAUUGUCAAACAUCUUUUCCCGCGUGUAAUAUAUCCCACCCAAGAUGAAAUAAAAGAGUCCCUCAAGAACUACUUGAACGAAAAGUUCUCUAAAUUCAUAGCAAACAUAAGUGCUAACGAUUUUGCAAACUGGUUCCAUAGUGUGUGGUGUUCUCAG